CCUCUUGCGGCGUUUUCAGCGCUGCAGUCGCACCACGAAUAGUUCCGUGGGAUUUUGCGGCUAGACCAAAUUUCGCAGCGUCAAUGUGCGGCGAUUUGUUGGUAGGGUGACCCAACCUGAUCGAUACUUGAAUAUUGAUCGAGUUCAAGAGUUCGAGCUGCACAGUCUUGAAGAACCGUUAACCGCAAAGAAUCAUGACUAUCAAUAAUUGGAGGCGAUUGCCGUUUUUGCUCGAGGUGCUUCCAGAAUUCUGCAAGUUUUUACUAUUUCUUGGAAAUUUGAAGACGCUGACCCACUGAGAAGAGAGAGUAUAAAAGCAACGACCUGAUAGUUACCUCUUUUAGUCGGUUCAUGACCCGGUGAAGUUCAGCAACCUCGAAAGAUAUGAAGUGGAUUCUGUUGUUGUUAGUUCUGACAUGUAGUGUCGGUGUUCAGUGUAGCUUUGGGCUGGAUGUUCCUGUCCCAGUGUUGACAAAUUCCAUCACACAAGCCAUCGGAACUGGAGUGACGGCGUUGGUUAGGACCAAUGGGACCUUCAAGGGGUCCGUCGAGGUCGACACCAGUGGAACGAUUCAGGCCCUCAUAACCAUCGCAAACAAUGUGAGCAAACCAAUGGAUCAACUUCUGAGUGGAAUAAUGUCGGUGGCAUCGGCAAGAAAAGGAAAUAUUUCGGAAUUAUUCGGGAACAUAGACAAACUCAUUCCGGAUACUACAUCGGCAGUUAGGAACGCCUCGGUGAUCGUGGGGAACUUGGAAGGCCUCACAAAAACUUAUCUUCUGGCGGGACUUAGCACAAGCCUGGACUCGUUGCUAAAUGGAUUGAGUGACCUGGCCAGAGGUUGGCAAAAUCUCACCAGUGCUGCUAACGACGCAGUCAACUCACCUUCUCCAGUGACCCUCCAGAACAUCACCAACUUCAUCAACGCAUCGUUAGUGUCCAACGUAACAGCCCCACUCAAAGCUGUGCAAAUCAACAUUAUGGGAGUGACAGCCUUUGUAUCAACUAUCGGCUCCGAAAGAACUCAAGCUAUCAAGCAACAAGCUCAAAUCAACACCACAAUCAACAACGCCGUUCGAAACGUUGUCACCGCAGAAGUGAACUUCAAUCGAACGGUCAAAGAACUAUUCCAACGAAUCAGCCAGCAACAGAUCAACACCUUCAAGAUGAUCAACCAAACAUUCGCCCCAGUCUACGCCCGUGUAGACUCCUUCAACGGAGGUAACGUCACAAACAUGACCACCUUCCUUUCCGACCUGGCAGCCCUAAAUGCCUACAAACUCCAGCACAUCGAAGACAGCACCAACUACACCAUGGAAGAGAUGUACUCCCUACUAAACGACCAAACAUCCCUCCUCUCCAACACCCUCCUCAACAUCAGUUCCUACAUCACCAACCAAGGCGUCACCAGCAACACCCAGUUCUCAACCCAAUGCGCCCAAAAGCACACCCCAGAGCUCCAGAACCUCCCCUACGCCAAACUCCCAACCUGCCUCACCUCCGAACUGACCAGCUUCCGCUCAACGGCCCAGUUCGCCCAACUCCUGCUGGACCAGAUCCGCGACGCCACCAGCGCCCUGUACGCGCAAAUCUCCAAACUCUGCCAACGAACCACAGGAAGUUGCGCCGCCCAACUCUUCGCCACCUUUCCCGACCAGCUGCAGUGGGUGCAGGUGAAAAUGUUUGUCCUCUGGUCGGGAAUCGUCAACGAUCAGCACAUUGUGACGGGACGGAUACGGAACUGCGUCCGGGCGGCCACGACGGAUUUGAUCGAGGCGGCGCAGGCCGUGGCCGAGCGGUUCGAUAGCUGCACCGGGAAGGACGUGCCCAUUCCGGUGGUGCAGGUGGUGUUUGUGGAGCAGCUGGCAGCCCCCGGGAGGGUUUAGGGAAAUUGUAG